UUCUAUAGGUUUUAGGAAAGCACGUUAAGGGUGACGUUCUGUCGCCUUCUGAGCAAACGUCAUAUCUUUGCGACUCAGUAUCUAAGCAACGCAGAAAUGCCUUUGUUAUGGCAGCGUGGCGGCUCCUGUUUCCAUUGUUGCUCUUGCUGUCGGAGUUCUGGUCGAAGAGCGAGACUGACAACGUCACUUUAAAAGCGGAAAACUCCACGGAUGAAACGUCCCACACUGGGACGGCCCCCAGCGAAACGUCCCUCCCCGAGACCUCCCCAAGCGGGGCCUCUCCAAGCAGAACUCCCGGCAUGCAGACAGAAGAAAGUGCUGGCUGCCCCUGUGACCUGCAUCCAGGAUUCUGCGACAUCAAUUGCUGUUGUGAUUCACACUGUGGUUCAGAAUGCAAGCUUGGUGCUCCUGGGUGUCCUUUCUCUUUCUGCCUUCCAGGCAGUACCAGAGCUAUAAGUCGAGUAUGUUUGGAAAAGUCCCUGAUUUUCCGAAAUAACACUCCCUUCCAUACUGAAAUCCUUCCAGGUCCUGAUGGAUGUAUAUUACUCUUCUGUGUACAGUUAAAUGAUUCCACACUGAACUAUUUACAAGUGCCACAGAUGGUGACAAAAGUAAAUUUCCCAGUACUUUUAGCACAAUAUGGAAGGCCAUCAUUCAGCCCUCCAGAACAAGUUUGGUCUUCUCCAUCUACGUUUUAUCAAGUAGGGGAUCCAAUUCAGAUUUAUUAUGCUGCCUCAUCUACACUAAGUGUGCUUAAGCAACCUGUGGGCAUUGGAACUAGUCAGAUUUGCACUGAUGAGAAUCCUGCUGGUUUCCUGGAAAGUAAAACUACCAGCUGUAUUAGGAUCUUUACUGACCUGAUGAGCAGUUGUACCUCUGAGCCUGCAUUGGAUGCAGCUUCAUAUUAUCGCAACUUCAGUGUAUUGCAGGUCCCAGUCAAUUUUAGCGAUUUUCACCUCUUCGAGGUCCACAUUAUCCCACAUUCGGAGCCUGCAGCUCCUGGGCUGAAUGGUAAUACAUGCCACAAUGUUGUUUCUGAGGUGAAUUAUGAGAUGGAGUUUAAUGGGAUCCAUGGAAUCCAAAAGGUUUACGUUCAGUUCAAAUUGACCAAUAUAUCAGGGAAUCCAGGAGUCACAUUACAACAACGUUUUUCUCUGCAUUUUGGGAGCAGAAGUUCUUCUUUGACCAAACGAAGAAGUGGAAAUCCUGGCUAUAUCAUAGGAGCACCACUAAGAGCUUUAUAUAAUGGGAUCCAGCAACAUGUAACCAUUUUACAGAACCAAGCUAAUGGCCAGUGCUCAGCAGUUGAGAGAUUUGCAGUACAAUUUGGGGAAAACAUAAGAACAGGCUGCCAGUUCAGUAUACCCUUCAAACCUGAGGAAAGAAGUUGUAAUGACUUGCAGGAGCCAUUUUACCAAGCCUUCGAAGGAGGACUCAGCACAGGGCAUUUGGCCAUAAUUGGCAAUGCUGAUCCAGGCCAUCCAGAGCAAUGGACCAGAGUUUUUACCCAGAGGUGUAAAUUGCAGGAUGGGCAGUGUAUGAUUCCUGUUUCCCUGGAGAUUCAGGUGAUAUGGGCUAAUGUGGGCCUCUUAUCUAAUCCACAAGCUCAAGUGUUGGGUGCACGGUAUUAUUACCUCUGCAGACCUCUGAAGUCUCUAGGUAUAUAUAUGAACAUGUUGCCUUUGACAAGUACAGUUACCUUCACAGAUGUCACCAAAUGGCCAGAGUCACCUCAUGGUCAACCUGACAUUUAUAGGAAACUUCCAUUUGAUUUCUUCUUCCCUUUUAAAAUGGCAUUGAAUGAAGCUGUGAAUAGUUCAUGCAACAUAUUGGGCACUUUGCUGAUGUCAUUAAUGUUUUAUGGAAUAUUUGUGAGCUUCUAAUACAGAAAAAAAUAGCAUUUCAUAUAACAUGGAAUCAAAAAUGGUUGCACAAUGAGUGAUAGAAUAGCUAAUUCUCUUCCUAAAUUCCUAAUGGAGGGAGGCACUGCAACAUCUAUGUGUCAGAUCAUUGAGAUGCAUCCCAACCAGUCUCAAGGUUGCACGGAGGAUUAUGUGGAGAUCUUGUAAACCAAUAGUCCAUAAUGAAUUGAUCACAUGUAUGCUAUGCAUAACAUUUAAUGCUUAGCCCCUGACAGCAAUUGUUCCAUAAGUGAUUGCUGUUUCUGUUUAUGGAUGGGCUGUGUGUGACAGACUUGCUAUCAGCCUGGAGAUAAAAGUGGGGGUCCAAAGCGACACUGGCAGGGGUUCUUUUUGUGUUCUGAAACCUCUGAAUUUCUGUCUUCUGUGCAACUCCUUGCCUUUCUUCUGCCAAAGGUGUGUUAGUGUUGAACCAGGCAUCUUUAGAUUACAAGUGACAAAAAAAUUCCUUAAUCAUGGACUCUUAGUAUCUUUUUUCAAGAUGAACUAUAUCAAAAAUAUGAAGAAUCCUGUAAUUUUUACUAUACAUUUUUUCCUUUUGGGAACAUGAUUGACAUAUUUGAUUAAUUACAAUCCAGUAAUUAAUACAAAUACUUAGCUUCAUAGGUAUUCUUUAACAGCUAAUCUUUUAAUUAAACAAUGUUUAUGCUGUUGUUGCUGUGACUAUUUAGAAUACUAGUUUUUCAUUCAUAGGAUGUUCCAGUCCUUCCUUAAAAAGUGAGCCUGAAACAUGAAAAGCUAUAAUAUAAAUCUAUACAGGUGCCUUAAUACCAGAAUCACUCUUUAAAUUGAAAAGAUUUAAUGAAUAUGAUUUCAUUAAAAUAGCACACACACAAGUGUUGCAAUGAGUGUUGUAAUCUAUGAAGUUUUCCACUUUCAUGUUUUAAUGUUUUAAUUAUCAAUUAUUCUGUUGUAUAAAGUUAUAUUUGCAAAUAUAUGCUUUGCAAUGGUGGUACACAGUGGAUGUGACAAAUUAUAUCAUUGAUCAUAGUAGUUUCAUAUAAUGUUAAAAAUUCUAGCAUGCUUUCUUUCAGUAAUUAUACUUUGAAUUUCCCUUUCCUCAAGCAAUUGAACUAAUUGAAUUCUUAUGAAUGAUUAUUAGCAUUUCGCAAUGAUACACAAUAAUGCUAGCCACUCUAAUAUUUUAAUCCACAGAGGUCUUUAAAUCUUUUUGCUACCAAAUUACUUUUAUAUUAAAUCCACAUGAAUGAAUUAAUGAAUGAAUGAAUGAAUGAAUGAAUGAAAUCCUUGAGAAAUAAGGGAUUUAGGGACUAAAUCAGAAUGUACUCCUACAUUUGAUUUACUUAGCUUUAGGUAUUCAGUAUUUCAGAAUAGUAAUGGAUCCCUGUGAAUCUAUAGAUCCUUUAAGGUAAUAAAAAAAUAGGGUUAAGCUAAUUUCACAAGAGAAUGAAUAAAAUAACAAGCAUUUUAAACAGUUACUUGUUUUAUCAAAACAUGCAUAAAUAGGAGACUAGAUAUUGAAUUACCUCCCCACAUAAAACCUAUUUUGAUGAAAAGAAGAUAUGAAUUGGAAAAAUUUUUAGGGUUUUAGGGCAAAAGAAGUUCAUGUUACAUUACAAAAAUGUGUUGAAUUAAAGUUGGAUUUAAUCUUUUUUUUUUAUCUUAUGUAUUCUCAUUUACAUAUUAUUCAGCUUUUUUACUUGAAAAAGUUCAUAAUGUAGCCAUGAUGAUCAGCUAGAAAGAGAAUGCUUUUCAAGUCUCCAGCUAACAUUUCAGAAUCUUUUUGAGUUAUAUAGCAGACAAAUACAGUGACCUUCUACCUUGUCAACUCUAAAGUAAGGACAUUGUAUGAAAAACUAGUUUUAGAAUUCCAAUAGGAGAGUUAGCAAUUUAUGACUUUCCAGUUGGAGUGCUUGGCCAAAAGCCUGGGUUCUCUGUUUUCAAAUACACGGGGUUGCAAGUAUUGCUGGAGUACUUGUUCUCAGCAACUGUUCAAAUAUGUUUGCCUUUUCACAACAAGCCCAAAGAAAUCACAUUUAAAUGAUGUUCUGAUUCUCAGCUCUGUGUACUAUGCUUGCUUUGGCUUAGUGACUCAUUGUGAUUUGUAAUCCAUGGUGUAAUUCAUGGGUUUAGCAUAUUAUUCAAGUGCAAUAGAAAUUUGCAUAAAUAGGCUGCUUUUUGAAAUGGUAAGAAACUAAGGCAGUUUCUCUGAAACAUGUAUGCACCAAAUAUUUCUUUCAUGAAACUUCAUUGAGCAUAUUAUAAAUAAAGUACAUAGUCCACAUAUAAUUUCAAACCGAAUCUUUUGGGAUGCUUGGGUGAAAGGUUCUAUAUUGUUGCAAAGAUAUUGACAUCUAUCUGCACAAUCAUACUUACCGUAUAUACUUGAAUAUAAGCCGAUCCGAGUAUAAGCCGAGGUCCCCAAUUUUACCCCAAAAAACUGGGGUAAACUGGGGACUCGAGUAUAAGCCGAGGGUGGGAAAUGAGGCAGCUACCGGUCGGGGAAACCCUCCCUCCCUCAGCCGAGAAGGCUGGCGGCUCCCCCGCCCCGCCCUCUCACUGCACCGGCAGGGCUUCCCCGCGCUAAUGCAAAAGCCCGCCAAGUUUGCGCCAUCCGGUAUAAUGUGAAAAAAAGAAGAAGAAAAAAAAACUCGAGUAUAAGCCGUAUAUACUCGAGUAUAAGCCGAGGGGACGUUUUUCAGCACAAAAAACGUGCUGAAAAACUCAGCUUAUACUCGAGUAUAUACGGUAGUUUAUUUCAAUUCUUUUUUCAUAUGCAAUCUUUUCUUAAGUCAAAGAAUUGAUCAAAAGUAUAGAAUGUUACUUCGUUAUAAAUCUAUAUGAAGCUUAUAAAGAUUUAGCUGUUUUGGAUUAUAUACGUCUGUAAAUUGCUAUGAGCUUCCAUUAAGGAAUCAAAAUAAAUAAAAUACCACUGUGUAGCACCAUUAAAAAGGUUAUAAAAUAGGAGAUACCUUAUUUCAGCAGGUAUGAACUAUAUUCUGAAAGUAAAAAGUAAAAUUUGACAAUUAUGUAAAUUGAUGGAACAGCACCCAGAGUUAGUUCCUUUUUGUGUGUUUUGGUGUGCAUUGUGGCUCAAGAUUUUAUCACCAAAUUACAUAUUAGAUAACAUGGCAAUGUAAAAUUUUUUAACAUUGUCUAAUGAAAGCAAUAAAAUCUUUAUUAUAAAAUUUUCAGUAUCUUCAAAAAUUGUAAAUUGGAUUGGAAUUUUAACCUGUAUUUUACUGUUUUAGAUGUUUUAGAAACUGAUGAAAAUAAUUUGCUACUUGGUCUGCACUUUUUUUAAGCAUUUUAAUUAAAGUAUUUUUU